AUGAAUUUGUUAGUUUGGAAUGUCCGUGGUCUCACGGAAGAAUCCAAACUUAUUCUAAAGGAGCACUGUGCUUCUUUCUCUCCUGUUAUUGUGGGCAUUCUGGAGCCCAAGUCUAUUUUUGACGAUUUCCCGGUGAGUUUCUGGAGAUCUAUCAAUCUGGUGGCGUGCCAUCAAAAUGCAAGAGAUCAUAUGCGGUCUAAUAUUUGGGUUUUUACGCACCCUUCUAUCGUUUCUCAUGUUAUUUUAUCUUUCGAUCAAGUGAUUAUUGUGCGAUGCGUUUGGAUGCAUUACUGCUUCAAGAUUGCUGUCAUUCAUGGAGCUAACUGCCAUGUGGCUAGACGUCGUCUUUGGUUAGAUCUUCUCAAUCAUAUUGAUGGCUCGACGGUCUUCAUGGGAGAUUUUAACGCCAUUAAAGGGGCACAUGAACGGAUUAGUAAUUGCCUGCCGAACAAUACUGUCUGUCAGGAGUUUAGGGAUUUUAUUACUGCUACUGGUUUUAUUGAACCUCCGAUUACCGGUUUGCGUUUCACGUGGUCGGGGAGACGUUUUAUGCCUUCACACGUGGAGUCUGUCUUGGAUAGAGCUAUCAUUUCUGAUUCUUUUGUUGAGCUCUGGCAUAACGUUUCUUCGCACGCUUUGCCCAGAAUCACUUCGGAUCACUCUCCGCUACUGCUCAUGUGUCGUCACCCUCCUCAGGCAAGACACAAUUUUUUUAAGUUUCUUCACAUGUGGGUUGAGCACCCGAAUUUUGAGAAGAUGGUGGAGAAUUCUUGGAACAGCCAGAUUGACGUCAACUGCCCUAUUUUUAAAGUCAUGGCUAAACUCAAGCGUCUGCGUAAAGAGUUACGCCUUUGGAACAGAACGGGGUACACCGAUAGUCUUUUUAAUGCGGAGAUUCUCGCUCAAGCUAAAAUUAAUGUGGCUUUGAGUCGUAAAAGCAGUUUACUUAAGCAGAAGAGUAGGGUUUCGUGGCUGACUGAUGGGGACAGGAACACUGCUUUUUUCCAUGCCAUGCUGAAGUAUAAGAAGCGUCCUCAUAUCAUUCCUCAUUUGGAUAUUCAGGGUAGUAUGGUCUACGAUCAGGAUGAGAUUGGCAAUCAUAUUGUGGAUUUCUUUUCUAAUUUAUUCAAUGAAGAUAAUAUGGAGGAGAUUGAUGUUGUGGCUCUGGAAGCAACGAUUGAUCGUGUGGUUUCUCCCUCCCAGAAUGACAUGCUUACGAGAAUCCCGGAGAAUGAUAAGAUUACUGCAGCGGUGUUUGAUAUGGAUCCUAAUAGCGCUGCGGGCCCAGAUGGCUUUUUUGGUAAGUUUUUUCAAGCUUGUUGGCAGAUCAUCAGAUCCGAUGUUUGGAACGCUGUGCGGGCUUUCUUUAUGCGCUCAUAUCUGCCGAAUGGGUGUAACUCCAACACUUUGGUUUUGAUUCCUAAAAAAGAUGUGGUGAACUCGGUAACGGAUCUGAGGCCGAUCGUGCUCUCCAAUUUCUGA